CGCGCCAAGUUUUGACAAUUCAACACUGAUGUUGGAAGUUUGACACUGACAGUGUGGUUAUUUUUUUGCGAAUUAAGAGUGUACCGGUGGAGAGAAAUUAAUGAAAUGGUUGUGGAAAAAACACCUUUUUGUACCAAUGCGUUGGAGCAGUUUGUUUUGCUAGCAAAGUCUACAAAGGGGGCUGCUUGUACUGAACUCAUAAAACAGGUUCUGGAGGCCCCAGGGGUGUACGUUUUUGGAGAACUACUGCACAUGCAGAACGUUGAGGAGUUAAAUGCCACUCCGCAGAGAAAUUUCUACAAUACUCUUAACCUAUUUGCUUAUGGAACUUACAAGGAAUAUGUAGCAAAUAAGAACGAAUUUAUUGAAUUAACACCCGCUCAGAAGAAGAAAUUGCAACAUUUAACCAUAGUAACGCUCGCAACUAAGUCCAAAUGCAUCUCAUAUAACAUCUUGUUAGUGGAACUAGGAAUAGCGAAUGUGAGAGACUUAGAGGACUUGAUCAUUGAAGCAAUUUAUGCUGACAUAAUUCACGGUAAACUAGACCAAAAGAAUAGUCAGUUAGAAAUUGACUAUGCUAUCGGUCGAGACAUCAGACCUGAAGACAUCAACGUAAUUGUGAACUGUCUUCAAGACUGGUGUUCAGCUUGUGAAGGCGUCUUAGCUUGUGUGGAGACCCAAAUUCACCGAGCUAACUCUGAGAAAAAUCGAUCAAUGCUGCGAAAAGCAGAAGUGGAGCAAGAGAUUAGUAAUAUAAAGAAAACCUUAAAGACACAGUUGCAGGAACGUUCAGACGGCACGGACGAGGCCAUGGCUACAGAUAACCGAGAGGCAGCAGCUACCAGUGAGAAAGGGAAGAAGUCAACAAAAAUCAAAGGUAUAAGGCACAGCAGUAAGUUUUGGCUUAAAUCUUGAAUAAUGAUUUCCCCUGCGAAUUGUUGCAUUUUUUUAAAAUAACGUAAGUGUGAUUUAAUUGUUGUACUGUAGUGACUUACAUAUUAAAUUCAUUUCUUGUCAAAACUAAUGGAAUAAAUUGUGUGUCAAGU